AUGGUGAGGGACGAUGUGUUGUUGCACUGCCCAUCAUCGGUGCGCACGCUGGUGAAGCGCCACGUGUACUCGCGCUUCGUCAACUCAUCCUACCUCUUUGCCGGCACCACUAACAUCUUCCGCGACCAAGUAACAACACGUGCCAAUGUGGAUUUCUUCCUGCCACACGUGGACCUGGUGGCAGCAGGCAACAGCACCACGGAGCUGCUCAUCAUUGCCUCAGGGCAGGCGCAGCGAGAUCUGGGCACGGCGAGGUGUGGGCACAGCGAGGUGUGGACACAGCGAGAUCUGGGCACGGCGAGGUGUGUUGAUGAAGUAACUCAGGAGGGCAGGAGGACAGGAGGUCAGGAGGACAGAAUGACAGGAGGACAUGGGGACAGGAGGACAGGAGGACAUGGGGACAAGAGGACAGGAGGACAUGGGGAUAGGAGGACAGCAACGCAAUGCGGACUUCACUCUCCUGACAACCUCGCAUUUUUCCUGGCUCUCUGGUUCUUUUCCACUCUCACAUUCUUUCACCCUCCCUCCCUCACUCACUCCCUCACUCUUGCUCUCCCUUGCCCAGCUGUGGACGGUGCGCACGCUGUCGGUGCGUCCGUGGCUUGCACUCACCCCGCUGACGACCGCCACGUCAUCGCCAACCUGCUUAACCGGGCGCGCAGCAGGGCGGAGGCGACGGCCCGGUUCUACCCCGGCAACAGCACCAUGGCGGAGCCGUCUCUGCUGCUCAAGGACGAGGUCGAGCCUGUUCUGAACGGCAUUGAUAUCUUCUUCUUCUACCCUCUCUCUCACACCUUCGCCAACCGGAGUCUCGCACCUACACCUUCGUCACCUACCCUUCCUCACUCUUGUCGGAAUCUUUCUUCCUCUCUGCCAUUCUUCCGCAUUUCAGCCCCUUUCCUUAAGGAUACUUCCCUAGACCUUCUCCUCUCUUCACCCCAUUCACCCCAUUAG